UCUCUCUCUCUCCUUCCCCUUUUUAUACUCCUCUUCCCCUUCGCUUCUCCCCAUCCCCCAUUCACCUAACUCUCCUCUCUCCCUUCAUCAUCUCUAAGCUAGAAGAAGAAUAUGGGUGAUAUUUCUUGCUCCAACGGCAAUGCCCAUUCAUCAAUGGUGGGGGGUUAUAGAAAGAGCUGCUGGUAUGAGGAAGAGAUCGAGGACAACCUGCGCUGGUGCUUUGCACUCAAUAGUAUUUUGCACACAGGAGCUACUCAGUACCAGGACAUUCAACUUUUGGACACAAAGCCCUUUGGAAAGGCUCUAGUCAUUGAUGGAAAGCUUCAAAGUGCAGAGAUAGAUGAGUUCAUCUACCAUGAAUCUCUUGUCCACCCAGCACUUGUUCAGCAUCCAGGUCCAAAGAUUAUCUUUAUCAUGGGAGGGGGUGAAGGUUCCACAGCAAGAGAACUGCUGCGACACAGGACAGUAGAGAAGGUUGUGAUGUGUGAUAUUGAUGAGGAGGUUGUGGACUUCUGCAAGUCAUACUUGGCGGUGAAUAAGGAAGCCUUUUCUGAUCCCAGACUUGAGCUUGUCAUCAAUGAUGCCAGGGCUGAGCUUGAAAGGAGAGAAGAUUGUUAUGAUGUGAUUGUUGGGGACCUGGCAGAUCCCAUAGAAGGAGGCCCAUGUUACAAGCUCUACACCAAAUCUUUCUAUGAAUCCAUUGUUAAACAGAGGCUUAAUCAAGAUGGCAUUUUUGUCACACAAGCAGGACCAGCUGGGAUUUUCAGCCACACUGAAGUCUUUUCUUGCAUUUACAACACUCUGAAGCAGGUUUUCAAAUAUGUUGUUCCUUAUUCAGCUCACAUUCCUUCUUAUGCUGACACUUGGGGAUGGGUCAUGGCAUCGGAUUCGCCAUUCAUGCUUAGUGCUGAUGAACUAGACCUAAGAAUGAAGCAAAGGAUCAAAGGGGAGAACAGAUACCUUGAUGGGAAAACGUUCACUUCAGCCUCUACUUUGAGCAAAGCAGUCAGGAAAUCACUGGACAGUGAGACUCAUGUUUACACAGAGAAGAGCGCGAGGUUCAUAUAUGGCCAUGGCACUGCCUUCAAGCACAAUCAAGCUUGAGACAAUAUGAGAAACAAGGAUGAAACUAAAGAAACAACUAUCCAGUCUUGCAAUUAAUUUACUUACUUGUGGCUUUUCUCUUCCUGUUUUCCCUUCAUGGUUUAUUUCUUUCUAACUUGAAAGGAAUGGUAUAUUAAUGAAAUGCUUUUUGUUUUAUUAUUAUGCUUA